AUGGCAUCUCCACAGCAAAUUCGAACCACUACGACUGAUCUCCUCAAGAUCAAUCACCCAGUCAUGCUGGCUGGUAUGAACGUCGCUGCUGGUCCAAAACUCGCUGCCGCCGUCACAAAUGCUGGUGGCUUAGGUGUCAUCGGUGGUGUUGGCUACACCCCAGACAUGCUGCGUGAGCAGAUUGCUGAACUCAAGGGUUAUUUGAAGGACAAGAACGCUCCGUUCGGAGUUGACCUCCUGCUUCCUCAAGUUCUUAUCGAAAAUGCANGCUACGAUUAUACCAAAGGCAAACUCGAUGAACUCGUCGACAUCAUCAUCGACUCGAAGGCCUCGCUUUUCGUCUCUGCUGUUGGUGUACCGCCAAAGCACAUUGUCGAGAAACUACACAAAGCUGGAGUUUUGUAUAUGAACAUGAUCGGACACCCCAAGCAUGUAAAGAAGUGCCUGGAGAUCGGUGUCGACAUGAUCUGCGCCCAGGGUGGAGAAGGAGGUGGACAUACUGGCGACGUGCCUACAACUAUCCUGAUUCCGACCGUUGUUAAGAUGUGCGAAGGCCACAAGAGUCNNCCCCUGACCGGCAAGCCAGUACAGGUCAUUGCCGCUGGCGGUCUCUUCAACGGUCAGUCUUUGGCAGCCGCGCUCAUGCUCGGUGCUACAGCGGUUUGGGUCGGUACUCGCUUCGUACUCAGUGAGGAGGCAGGCGCUAGCAAGGCUCACCAAGAAGCCGUUCGCACAUCUGGCUUUGACGACAAUGUCCGCACCAUCAUCUUCACUGGACGUCCACUUCGUGUGAGAAAAAACCCAUACAUCGAGAAGUGGGAGAAUGAAAGACAAGCCGAGAUCAAGAAGCUGACAUCCGAGGGAGUCAUUCCUGUCGAACACGAUCUUGAAACCCUCGGAGAUGAUCUCGAUGAUGAUACCAUGGACAAUGCUCGACCCUUCCUGAUGGGUAAGGCUGCAGCUGUUGUGAAUGAAAGAAAGUCGGCCAAGGAAAUUGUAGAUGAGAUGGUCAGCGACGCCGUGUCAUGUAUUGGCAAAGGUAACAGCAGCAUUGUCAGCAAGAGCAAGCUCUAG